CUAGUUAUGUCUGGGAUGUUUACAAUCUGCCGACCUAAACAUGGCUGGUCAAAAACUCACUCAUUACAGUUAGAGCUCGAAAACUAAGAAGAAUAGUUUUUAUUCAUACUCGGUUAAAGACAGUCAAGGGGCUUCUAGCGACAUAACAAAAUUUUCCACUUGCCGUUUGUUUGUUUGUUUUAUCAGACUUUCUGUAAGUGUCGAGGUUUAAGCUUGCUAGCUGGAUAUCGUCUCCAUAGAGAACGAUGAGUUCUGCAGCUAGCAAUAGCUGCCUUGCUGCUAAAGGACUGGACAUAAGUCUGUCUGCCCUGCAGAGACAAGACCCUUACAUAAACAACAUUGUGGACGUCGCCAGCCAAGUCGCCCUGUAUACUUAUAAUAACCGAGUAAAUGAGUGGGAGAAGACAGAAGUGGAGGGCACUUUGUUUAUUUACACAAGAUUGGCAUCUCCCAGGCAUGGCUUCACAAUAAUGAACCGUCUUAAUAUGAAGAAUCUGACAGAGCCCAUCACAAAAGACUUGGACUUCCAGCUGCAGGACCCUUUCCUUCUGUACCGCAAUGCACGGUUGUUUAUUCAUGGGAUCUGGUUCUACGAUAAGCAGGACUGUCAGCGGAUUGCACAAAGGAUGAGGAUUUUGACCCAGCAGGAGCAGAUCCUCUCUCAGUCCCAGGGUGGUUCCUUAUCCCCCAGAGGAGCAGCAGGGGGAGGAGGCGUCUUACUCGGAGGAAAUAACGAGGCGAAAGCGGUCGACAUCAUUCAGAUGUUGACCAAGGCACGAACAGAGUAUGAUAAGUCUACCUCAGAGCCAAAGGAGAUUGGGGGCAGCAGUGUACUGUGUGGAAAUCCUAAUCUGAUCAAACCGAUACCAGUUAAACCAAACACUCAGGUCAAUGAAGGAGCAGACACCAAGGUUGUGACCUUAACCACCCUGUUAGGCUCUCAGCAUCAGCACUACCACCCUCUUAAAUCUGACCCAGUUCCUCCUCUGACUGCUUCCAUGGCAGGAAAGGUCGCCCGCCCACCCGUCGCCCGCACACUGACCUAUGAGGAUUCACUCAACUCUGGCAGAAACGUCUCCACCUCCGGAGGUGGAGACCCAGUAGUUGGGCCGGCGGACAGGCAAGAGAGCGGGAGCACUCUCCACCAACUGCCGAACCAACUUCAACACUGUCCGGCCAUUGCAAAGCUCAUGCAGGGACAGAGGGGGGCGGCAGCAGCUGGGGGCGUGCUUCAGACACUGUCUGAGUCCCCAGAAAACCGGCUGUGUGACAAUGGGGUGCCACUAGAACACCACCACCAUCACCAUCAUCAGCACCCCCACCUCCAUCACCACCACCAGGAGCAACAGCACGACCCUAUAAAGCGUCUCCUGCAAAACCAUCCACCCCCUCUACUUGCCACUUCCUUCACUGCCGCGGCUCCUCCGGCGCUGCAGCAGAACCCUUAUCCCACCUCCCAGCCUGGCCAGGUGCAUUCUGUGUCACGUUCCCACCUCGAAGCACAACAAGGUCAGCAGCUCCUCCUCGGCCUGACGAAGUUACAGGCAGAGAUACAGAAGAGAGGGGCGACAAAUUCUGCUGCCAUGGGAACAGGUUUGUCAUCCCAGAUGCAGGGUGUGGUUUCUCCUCAUGAGCUCCUGCACAAACUCCAGCUGGUCCAGCAGGAGCAGAGCUUGACUUCCCACGAGCAUCCUCGACUCCAUCCGCAUCCAGGACUGGCACCUCGAUUCCUGGGGCCGAGUGCGAGUCAAAGCCAAGGCUCAUCUAUAGGCACAGGCCCAACCCAGACUUCAGUUGCCUCAGAUCAAAAAGCUGAGCUGCAAUUUCAGAUCAUCUCCCCACAGCGGAUACCUGCCACAGUGGCCCCAACCUUGCUCCUCUCUCCUAGUGUGUUCACUCAGACAAAGUCCAGCAGCAGGCUACCAGCGGCUGCUCCAGAAAGCAGCUCUGUACCCUCAACCUUAUGCAAACCCUCACUGCAGGAGGAGGUCAGAGCUCUUUCUAGAAGCCAGUUUCAAGCAGCACUGCUGGAUCUGAUUCAGACUGACAACUCAUUCCUGGACUCCAUCUAUAAAGCGUACGUCAGCCGCUUCGCUAACAGCUCCGGCAGCAAAAGGACAACAUGUAGCUGAAACCACACCAGGAAAAAGAAUGCUGCAUUUAAUUUCUAAGAUCUGUUUAUAUUUUAAUUGAAAUAUUGCAAUUCAAAGAAAUAUAUAAAAAUUGUUUCUACUUGUUUUUUUCUUUUCUAAAAUAUUUUUUGUUAAUUGACUAAUAAAUGUUCUACCCCAUG